AUGUCACCAUAUCGAUUGGUGUUUGGUAAGGCAUGUCACUUACCGGUGGAACUUGAGCACAGAGCUUAUUGGGCUGUGAAAAAGUUAAACAUUGAUCUCUUUAUGACAGGACAAAAUGGGCUUAUGGAGUUAAACAAGCUUGAUGAAUUCCGAAAUGAAGCUUAUGAGAAUGCGAGGAUUUAUAAAGAGAAGUCGAAGGCCUUUCAUGAUAAGUGGAUACUGAGGAAGGAUUUUCAACCAGGAGAUAAAGUGCUGCUAUUUAAUUCAAGACUUAAGCUCUUUCUUGGUAAAUUGAAGUCGAGAUGGUCAGGACCGUACACGGUAGUUGUUUCCCUUCCUUAUGGGGUAGUGCAAGUUCAUAGUGAAAAGACAGGACAUUUUAAGGUGAAUGGUCAGAGAUUGAAGCAUUAUUUGGAAGGCCCGGUGGAAAAAUGCAAGUCCAUGGUGAUUUUGGAACUAGUUUGA